AGUAUGCAGCAGGUUAUUUUUCCCCUUGAACAUAAUUGUUACACCCUCUUUAUCUUGUGCUGCUUUAUUGUGGUACACCGAUCCAUUUCACACAUUCUGUCAUACUACGUUUUGACAUUUCUAAAUCCACACGCGUUGUUAUUUUACCGAUCCUAAUUGCAAAUUUUGAGCAACAUCAUCAUUAUGGGUGCUUGUUGCGCCUCGAAAUACCCGGUCGACCGGAUCCAGGGUUGCACGGAAGUUUUGCGUUUGAAGGGCAUUGAAGUUGAUAAAAACAGCGAUACCACCACCUGGCAUCCGCUCCUCGCGAGCACGAACAAUGCCCAGAAGGCGGUGAUCCCGUUGAAAAACCUAGCGGAAUUUCGUAUCGCCGAGCUUUUUGUCGCGGUGUAUUGGCGAAGUUUGGAUUCCGAAGAGGAGAAGCGUGGGCAAUUACGAUUGAAAAUCAGCGAAGAGAGGGAACUGAAAACAAGUGCAAUAAAGCAAGGGCCCGCGGCAGCAAAUGGUGGGCAGGGAGGACCGCAGAAUAAAGCUGAGAAGCCAACACCAUCUGAAGCUGAUGGUACAACUGAAGACAGCGGCGCAGCAGCAGCAGCAGCUGGAACAAAUGCUACUUCCGGCAGCAAAGACGCUGCAUACGAGAAACCGCACGUGGAGAACGAGGACCCCACGGACGUUUCCUUCCAUUUCGGGCAGGCCCCGUGCGGGGCGGCCGCCAUGUACAAGUUUCGGCACUUGUUUCAAAACCAGGAUCUGUUUCUACAGAAGUGCAACAACGAGGACGGGGGCGCAACCCGGGCGGUGAAUAUGUACAAGAGCCAGUUUUUACAUUUGCAGACGCUGAAUAAGAUAAAAAUCGAAGUUCUGUCGAUCCAGAUUCGGUACGAGAAGAUCACGGCGGAGAAAGCGCACCACUGGUCCCCCAUGCUCCUGAUCGCGCCGGAAAGCAGUGAUGAGGAUGUGGAAUACAAGGAGGUCGUGAUGUGAUUUUGAAGUUGGACAUGAGAAGCAUGUGAACGUUCCUAGAAGGUUUUUGUUUCGACGGAAUAUGUACUAAACUAUGAUUUUAACAGUAAGGCUGACAGUUAUUCCGCAAUGAAUUGCGCCUGAAGGUUAUCUUCGUGUAU